UCAGAAACAGAACUGUUGUCUGGUGAAGAAUCAAAUUCUGAAAAUAAAAAUUUACUAACACUUAUUGACAUCUCUGGCAAGAAAAAUGCAGCAUCGUGGAAGGAUGAUUAUGCUGUUAAAACUCUUAUUGAUGAAUGGAGAGGACAUGAGAGCUAUUUCAAAAGCACUACCAUUACUAACAAGAAAGUCUGGGAAAUGAUAGCCAGCAAGUUGAAGAAAGAGAACCCACUCUGGGACUAUACUGGUCAGCAAUGUGAAGACAAAUUUAAGGACCUCAGGAAACACUAUGUGAAAGCUAAGGACAAGAAUGAGAAGGGUAGUGGCCUUCCAGUUGCUACAUGCAAGUUUUAUAAAGAGAUGGAUGAUGCUCUUGGUGACAAGCCAGCUGUGAAACCUGUGUCCAUAGCUUCAACACUAAAAAAGCGUAAAUCUACUAUUGUAGAAACUCAAGAUUCAAGUGCAGCUUCUAUAUGCUUAACAGCAGCAGUGAAGCCGAUAGUGAGCAUGGUUCUACUC